AGCCAUCUUCGGCCCAGGUCUUUCGAAUUCAGACAUUCGCUAUCGUUUUUUGGUCCCCCAUGGGGAAGCGCUGCCAGCAGCCGACCUGCUCCUUCGGCGUCAAUGGCAGGCGGGCGCUGGUCAAGGUGGCUGGCCCCUGCGGGCUCUGCCGCGGACCCAUGGCGUUCGUGGCCGCCGGCGCACGCGCCCGGUCGCAGAUCGUCCGCGCAUUGCGGAAGCAGCAGCGCCCUCGCAUCGAUGCUUGGGUAGCCGGGCUCCCGGCGGAGUGGCGCGACGGCGUCCUGGCCGCCGUGGCCGCUGAACCGGAUGAUGCGGCAGAUGAGGCCGAGGACGUGGACGAGGCUGCCGUGGCCGCUGAACCGGUUCUGCACCAAGGCGCCGCGGCGUCGCCCGUGGCCGAGGCCGCUGCCGUGUCUUCUGCCGUGGCCGCUGAACCGGUUGUACAUCCCGCAGCCGCGGCGCCGCCCGUGGCCGAGGCUGCUGCCGUGGCCGCUGAACCAGUUGUACAUCCGCCUCCGCCGCCGCCGCCGCCUUCGUCGGGCACAGAGAUCCUGGACCAAGGCCACUUUCCAUUUUGUUCAUUGUACGCAUGGAGCUACUGCGUCGCGAAGGCGCUGGGCCUGAAAUAUGGGAUAGGCGUGGAGCCACAGCAGCUACUGAACGAGGCGCUGAGGCAUCGUGCACCACACAAAGCUCAGUGGCCUGGCGACCUAUGCAGCAGCAUGGGCAAUAACGCUGCUCGUCAAUCUCCCAGACAUCAUCAUAGAACUGCGCGCCUGUGCUCGCAAGACACGGGACUUCACGCAGGCAGCGCGGCAGGUCCGUAAUCAGAGUGGCUGGCACCUGACAGCCAUCGUGGGCGCGAUUGACCCGCCCCCCAGAUCGCACACCAUGGUCGGCAUGUCUUGGACGCGCGCAGAUGACUUGCAGUGCCAGAAUUCAUGGGGCAGAGGCAGGCUGAGCGACCCUUAUUCUCGAGGUGACCAGACAAUCGUUCGAUAGUGCGUGGUUCUUUGACCCGCAGAUCUCAGCAUGCUGGAAGCCGGCAGAGAACAAUCGGGUGGAUCGCUGCCCAGCCCCGGAGAUUGAUGCAGAGUGGUUUCAUAUCCUGCCGGCUAGGUGGGACAGGGCUUGAUCGCCCGCUCCGCCAGCAUCUUCGCCUCGUGUGUAUUGUUUUUUUUGCAUUGAAUCAUGCCGCCAGCAUCUUCGCAUCUUGCUGUGCUCUUUUUUGCAUUGUAUCAUGCCGCCAGACGCAGCCCCGCGGCAGAUAAGAGAUCAUGCCGUCAGUCGCAGACCCAACGCUGCCGCCAGACGCAGCCGCCGCAUCCGAUAGAAAA